AAAGUUGGUAAAACAUUGGCACCCAUGGUUUGGCUUAUGUUUUACACUGAAAACAUAUAGAGAGACGCAGAGAGAAUCUUCCAUGUUUCUUACGCACUCUUCUCUCUCUUCUUGCAACCAUUACCAGAGCAUGCACAUCAUAAACCAUGCGUUUUAUUACGCUUAUGUCUCUUCCGUCUUUCUUAAUUCACAUGUCACUGCCCUACUCAGACAUUAUCAUCAACAACAACAACAAUAAUAAUAAGGUUUCUGAAUUGGUCGUGUCGUGUCCAUGGCUGUGUCCAACGGCGUCGAAGCAGUGUUAGAGUUUCUGCGGAAGAAUGGCUUGUCGGAGGCGGAGUCCGCGCUCCGAGAAGACAUCAUCGAGAACACCGACCUCGGAAACUUCGACUACGAGAAGUUCUUCUUCCCCAUGGUCCCGCCGCCGCCGCCGGUCAGAGUCCGAUCCUUCUCCCGACCGUCCGAGCUCGCCGCCGCGGACGACGGCUCCUCCAAAUCCAGCGCGGACGAGUUCGUCACCAUCGAUUCUUCCACUUCUCACGUCUCUUCUUCAGAAUUCGUAAAUCCAUAUGGAAUCCGUUCCUCGUCUCAGACUCAGAAUGAUUCGGAGUCUUCGUCUGAAAGAUUAUCUCAGUUUGGCACAGCACGUGAUUAUCACGAUUUUGAUAUGCAAAAUGAACCGUAUUGGUAUAAUGAAAAAGAUGAAGACUAUUUCAUGACUCCUAAUUUUGAAGGGCCAGACUAUUUUGCGUAUCAGAGUGAAGAUAAGUUUGUCAUGACAGCAGAAACGGACAACCAACGGGACAAUUCUCUGCAUCUUGGUUCCAACUAUGAAGAAUUUCAAUUAAAGGGGAAUAGUAAUGGUGGUUACAUGGACAAGGCAUGCCUUGAUAAUCAUUCCUCUGUAGUGGAUGGAACUGUGACUCAUUCAAAAGGGUUUUGUCAUGUUGAUAACAAGGACCAGUUUAAAGGGGAAUUAGAGGGUAAGGCUGAGAAACCCAGUGUUUCCUGCAGUUGUGAAGUUCCAUUUUGCAAAAGCAGUCCUGGUUCUGGAGGUUCUUGCAGUCUGGAUCCUACAAACUUCAAUUACCCUAACUUGAAGGAAAUCCAUCUGAACAAUUUUCAUUUGGGGGUUGUUGGGGACGUUAACUCUUUUGAUUCUACUUCAGAGCUAACUCUGAAUCAAAGUUUUGACCACUACACUAAAAACGACAGCAGUAAGGAGUACAAGGGUCCUUACGACUUAACUAUCGAAGUUAUUGAUAAAAAUCUACCAAAUGGACUUGACACCUUUAAAGCACAACUUGGUGGAGAAUUAACUGAAGACUGUCAAGAUCCAGAGCUUGCUGCAGAUGGAGAGGAUACAACUGAUGAUGAGCUCUUGAAGUAUACUCAAGAGGAGGAAUACGAAGUGUUUGAUCUGAGAAUUAUACAUAGAAAGAACAGGACCGGAUUUGAAGAAAACAAGGAACUUCCGAUUGUGCUAAAUACAGUCUUGGCUGGAAGGUAUUAUUUGACCGAGUAUCUUGGUUCAGCUGCCUUCAGUAGGGUUGUUCAGGCACAUGACCUUCAGACUGGGAUAGAUGUUUGUUUGAAGAUUAUUAAAAAUGACAAAGACUUCUUUGAUCAAAGCUUAGAUGAAAUCAAGCUUCUGAAACUUGUCAAUAAGGGUGACCCAGCAGAUAAACAUCACAUUUUGCGCCUUUAUGACUAUUUCUACCAUCAGGAGCAUUUAUUCAUUGUAACUGAACUUCUGCGAGCAAACUUGUAUGAAUUUCAGAAAUUCAACCAAGAAUCUGGAGGGGAAGCAUAUUUUACAUUAAAGAGAUUGCAGAUCAUUACUCGUCAGUGUUUGGAAGCAUUGCAAUACUUGCAUGGCUUGGGAAUUGUUCACUGUGACCUGAAGCCAGAAAACAUUCUAAUCAAAAGUUACAAAAGAUGUGAGAUAAAGGUUAUUGAUCUUGGAAGUAGUUGCUUCCAAACAGACAAUCUGUGCCUAUAUGUACAGUCCAGAUCCUAUAGAGCUCCUGAAGUGAUGUUAGGUCUUCAAUAUGAUGAGAAGAUUGAUAUAUGGUCCCUAGGAUGCAUCUUGGCGGAGCUAUGCUCUGGGGAAGUGCUGUUCCCAAAUGAUGCAGUUGUGAUGAUUCUGGCACGCAUAAUUGGAAUGUUUGGUUCUAUUGAUAUGGAAAUGUUGGUGAAAGGACAAGAAACACACAAGUACUUCACCAAAGAAUAUGAUAUUUAUUAUAUAAAUGAGGAGACUGAUCAACUGGAGUUCUUGAUUCCAGAAGAGUCAUCAUUGGAGCAGCACCUACAGGUUACUGAUACUAUGUUUAUCAACUUUAUCAGAUACCUACUCUGCGUCAACCCUAAAAGAAGGCCUACUGCAAGACAAGCACUAAAGCAUCCAUGGCUUUCUUAUGUUUACUAAUCCUUUCUCUGGUGGAAAGUUCAGUAAUUCCAUUGGAGUUAUCCACAUCUCAUGAUCUCUUCUGCUUAUAUUAUGCAUAUAGCAAAGCUUGCAAUCACAAUUUUGGUUUGUUUAUAGGCACACCGAGUGUCACUGUCUCAUUCUGUAUAUUUCUUUUUUGCCUGUUGAUUUAUAGUUU